UGCACCACCGGCGCAAGCACCUCGGGCAGCGGUUCAGCGCCGCCGGCCGCCACGUGCUGCGCCGCACGCCCGGACACUUCGUGUGCGAGCAGUGCGGCCGCGUGCUCACGUCCCGGCAAGGUCUGCGCUACCACCUGCGCGACCAUAAGGGCCUCAACCUGAAGCUGUUUACCUGCCCCGAGUGUAACAAGACCUUCGCUGCGAAGCACAUGAGAGAUUGGCACAUGCGGUCGCACACGGGUGAGAAACCAUACCAGUGUCCCGAGUGCCCGCUCGCGUUCAGCCUGAACAGCAACUUCAAGCGUCACCACAAGGCGGUACACCUCGGGCAGCGUAAAAGCAUUCCGUGCAAUAUCUGCGGGCGCGUGUUCACGACCACGUCGUGCGUGCGCGUGCACGUGAACGCCGUGCACCGCGGCAUGCCGUGGCCCAAGCGGAACCGCGCCCGCGCCAAGCCGGACCCCAAGUCGCCGCUACCAUAGAGAA